UUCAGUCUUUCGGACGGAGACUGGAGUGCUGCAUCAGUGGAACUCAACGAGCCCCUUGAUGAGGAGCUGAGCGGGGUGAUGGAGGUGCUUGGUAUGGUGUCCAACAAAGGGAUAAUAAUGGCCUCUGCAUACAACAUUCUCAGAGAAGACAAAGGCAUUCCUUUCAACCUGGAGCUGUACAAUGAAGUCCUGAAAGUCAUCCAUGAUUUCCACCAGCACUAUCCAUUUGGAAUAGCCACCAGUGGAUGAGCACUUUGCACUUAUUCAUUACUUCCUAAAGAUCAUUGUCAACAUGAAACUCCAUUCUCUUGUUUGCCAUUUUUUAAUAUACUUGUAUAUGAGUGUUAAAUGUAUAUGUACAGUUUCUUCUAUUUCUUGAUGUAGAAAAUAAAAAUGAGUGCUUUUA